ACCUUUGCCUUUAGAAGAAGAAAAAAACACUAAACCAUUAAAAUCGCCGUCUCCUCAAAUACCAUGGAUUAAGAAAUGGAAAUAUGGCAUUGUGCCGUUUUUUAUUGACCCAAACACGUAUGAUUCAUUUUUAGCUGAAACUAUUCUUAAAGCUUUUGAUUAUAUUGAAAAGGCAACAUGCAUCCGUCUCCAACGACUCAGGGAGAGACCAACUGACAAGCGAUCCAUGCAAAGUGUUGAAUGGCUCUACAUUACAAACCCCUCUGGUAUACGGCAAUGUGUUCAUACCAAUGAACGUAAACCCAACACUGGUGUUCAGAUGGUCGUAUUCGGUUAUGAUUGCUUAUCACAAGGUGAAAUAGCUCACGAAGUGAUGCAUAUUUUAGGAUUUUCCCACGAACACACACGUCCUGAUAGAGAUAACCACGUAACAAUCAUAUAUGAAAACAUUAAGCCCGGUUAUAAAAAAUUUUUUGAGGUUAGGGAAGGCGAUCCUUUAUCCAACCUCCCUUAUGAUUAUGCGAGCGUCCUCCACUAUCCACCUAGAGCCUUCUCUAAAAAUGGACAAGUAACUGUAUACACUAAUUCAGGUACCAAGUUCGGUCAACGAGAUGCUUUCAGCGAACAGGACGUAGAAAAAAUCGGAAUGAUAUACGGGCUUGAAUGCGUCGAACGAAACAAAGACUACUUACUCAAGACAUGCCCGAGUGUUGGCAAAGUUAGCAUUGAGACCAAAGAGGUGCUGGAAGAGGAUAUUAACAAAUACUUUAAAGAUAGAGUGUGGCCUUAUGGAAUUAUAAAUUAUAAGAUUAAAGACGCAUUAGAAUUUACGGCUGAGGAAAGAGAAAACAUAAAGGCCGUACUGAAUCACAUUGAGAAGGAAACUUGUAUUGAAUUUAGAGACAUCACUGAUGAAGAUAAACGUAAUAAUAAAAAUGAUAACGAUAACACCAAUGAAUCUCCAGAAAAUACUGCACUGUCGAUUAUGAAAACGGAAGAUAAUCAGACUAGAGAAGUAUCGUCAGAAAAAAACACUACCACACCUGUUGACGUUGUUACACCCAAUCCUAACGAAUAUAAACUAACACUGACCAUAACUAACAUGAGCUUAAUCGAUCCCAUAUCUGAUGAGAGUGAUACAGAUAAUGACACUACAGGUAUAAAGGUCUUAAGACAUCGAUUAAAGGCAAAAAAACCAAAAGCUCAAGGACGUUCUAAGAUUAAGCAAGUAAAGAAAUCAAGGAAAGGAACUGUAAAAGAAGGAAGUAAGAAGAUUAGGAUACCAAUUUCACCUCAUAGACGACAUGCGGUUAACGUGAUCUUGUUAAAACGUUCUUCAGAGCCUGGGUGUAAAUGUCCUCCAGCAGGAAGACCAAACGGAAACAAAGUUUUAAUAAUACACUCGGAUUGUUUCAAUUCCGUGAAUGACUUACUCCAUGUGUUUGUCCACGUGCUGGGACUGGAUCACCAGCACAGCAUGCACGAUCGGGAUACAUAUUUGCAUAUCCUCUGGGAUAAUCUUACUCCAGAAAUAAAGAAAGAGAUGGAAGAAAAGCUGCCUCCCGCCGCGUCCGCAGGCUUCGCUUACGACUACCAAAGCGUCAUGCAUUACCCGUGGCUGCAAAUAAAAGAUGGCGUUACAAACAUUAUGUAUCCAAUUUGGAACGACGGUUGGGCCAUGGGGCACUGGCAGGGCCUUAGCUGGACAGACGUACAGAAGCUAGAUGUUAUUUAUAAAAAACAAUGCGAAAACCGAAGACUUGAGAUGCGAAACGAGUGAAAAUUGUUCAAAACGUGUUCAAAAAUAAAUAAGACCAUA